AUGUCUGAUACCAACCCAGCAGCUACUCCCAGCGGCGAUGAACCGAGAGAAGAGAAGCACAAGACCAAAUCUGCGGAGGUGGCGCCCGAAACAUUGCAGAAUCCCUAUUUCAUUAACGCAAAUCGGACAUCGAGGCCGCGUCGAAAGCUUCCCCCAUGGCUCGACCAUUUCAAUGCUAAAGACCUUAAACGGCUGCUCAGAUGCUCGCUUGCUAUGUGGAUCAUGACCAUCUUUAUCUACAUCAACCCGAUCCAAAAUGAAAUGGGCCAGGCGUCUUUUCUUGGAUGCAUUGUACUAUGGCUCGCACCGCCAUCGGGCACAGUCUUCAUGCACCUGGUCGCUGCUAUCACUGUGAUGCUAGGUGUCACAACCGCCUGGGCUUGGGGUCUAAUUACCAUGAAAGCUGCCCUGGCGACUCGAUCGGAUGCGGACACACAAUCUCGACUUGCUGAGCUUCAGCAAAUGGCCGUGUCUCAAAACGCUAGUGACUCCAUCACAUUUGUGAAGAUCAAACUGUACAAUGGCUUUAUGCUGCACACCAGUGUGACGGCGAUAUAUUUUUGCAUGAUUUGUUUAUAUCUAUACUUGAUUGCUCGUCUACGAGUCGCAGCUCCCAAACUCAGGCUUACGCAGAUGAUGGGUUGUAUCGUCAGCGCGGUUUUCCUCACCCAGGCGCCGCUUCUCCCGAGCUUCAACGGAAACGUCGCUAGGCCUUUGGUCUUACCCUGCGCUAUCGCCGAAGGUAUUGCCUUGGUGUGCAGUAUACUUAUAUUUCCAACAUCUUCCGCAUCUGAAGCGCUCGACCUCUUCAAAGACCUGCUCGCACCAAUGCCGGCAUUUUUAGAUGCUUGUCUACUUGGACUAAAACACCCUGGCCUAAGAAUGAGCACCGAGACGUUGACUGGAGCAAAGCUCAAACUCUUAACGGCAUGGAUGCGAGUGAAUCCAAUCACUACAUUCCUCCCUAUCGAUUUCUCCAUUGGACGGUGGAGCUCGGACGACAUGAUCAAGCUGAUUGAGCCUCUACGACUGCUCACCGUUGAGUUUACUAGUCUGCUUGAGAUACACAGACAGGCAGAAGUGCAUAAAGACAGGUCCAGGCAAGCGAUGGCUGUUUUCCCAACUACAGACAACAUCCAAGAUAGCCAAACAGUCUUUGAAACUGGACGACAUCAGCUGAACCGAGAAGCCUACUUUCACAUGACUUCCAAUUCCUUGGGAAAAGCUGAGCAAGCAGGCCAGAGUCUCCAGGUGUCAUCAGAUCCUGCCCAGUAUCUAAUUGAGGCAUGCAAAGAGUCACUCAAAGCCAUUAUUGAAGCCUUGCUAAACGCAAACGCUUUCAAAGAGAGCCCUAGCCACGCAGACAUGCUAGAGAAACACAGUGCUGCACUGGAAAGACUAAGAGCACAACUCGAGGCUUUCAAAGCAUCGACCUCUGGUUCCUUUUUAAAGUCGCCUUAUUCUAUUUUCAACGACGACGGGUUCUUGAAGGUUGAUUCCAGUACCUUUCCAGGAUUGACCCACCUCAUGAUGGGGCUGCUCGUUCAAGAGAGGCUAUCCCAACUGGCGGAUGCGCUCGAACAACUCCUGUCAAGAAUUAUCGAAUUGGAGACGAUUCGGACUUCCCAACGACUCUGGCUGCCAACUCGAUUGGCGUCACUAUUCGGGUGGAUGUCUACCACGGAAUACUCGGAAGAUACGCCGGCUGCAGACAUCGGCGAUGCGGUAACUACUCGCAUCUCGCCGGCCUCUUCAGCGUAUGCCCGCCCACCAGGAAGGUCUCAUGCACACCAGGAUAUCAAGUCCAGCCGAGCAGAACUCGCCUCAAUGAGAACACCCAACAGCCGCAGGAGGAGUCGAGUUAGCCAGGUCCUCCUGGAUACAGCACAUUGGCUCGGAAACGCUGAAGGAACGUUUGCUAUUCGAAUGGCGAUAAUGUCAAUUGCUCUCUCUAUACCGGCUGUCAUUCCUCCCAGCGCAGGCUUCUUUUAUCGUGAAAAUGGACUAUGGGCUGUCAUCAUGGCACAACUGACUCUACUUCCAUACACAGCAGAUGUUGUAUAUGGAAUUGUUGUGAGGGUCAUCGGCACCAUAGUUGGCGGUAUUGUUGGCAUGGCUGCAUGGUAUAUUGGUUCCGGUAGCGGUUCAGGAUCUCCAUAUGGAGAAGCUGCUAUUAUGGCUUUCGUCAUCGUCAUAUUUAUGUGGUGGCGGCUCUUCUCCUCUCCUGCUUUAAUGCCUGCAGGAAUUAUGAUGGGGAUAACCGCGUACCUCGUUGCUAUUUAUAGCUGGAUUGAUAUGCAUGAGGAACCCUAUGGUAAUCCUGGCAGGGGGUAUGAGGUCUUCUGGAGACGCCUUGUUCUCGUUCUUGUGGGUUUGAGUGCAACAUUUAUCGCCAAUUUUAUUCCGAAACCGCCCUCUGCAAACCAUCAUUAUCGCGGCCUACUUAGCGACAGCCUGGUCAGCAUCCGAGACCAGUAUGCUCUUUUUGCAUCGAACUGGAAGGAUCCUGCAACAGAUCUACGCAAUGUGGCCGAGGAAGAAGUUUUGGCAGCUCUAGAAGCCCUCUUAUCUGCUUCAGGGCCGAUCCAGCUAACGGUAUUUGAAUUCUCAACUUCUAACUUUGAUACGGAUACGCUCAGCCAAGUCUGCCAGCUCUGCAUGCUUUUGCAUCAGGCUAUUGCUCAGCUCUUGGUAUAUACAACCAGGCUGUCAAAAACACAGCGGUCCUGGAUCAUCACAUCGACGGGCGCCACAGAGGAAGAUGUGAUAGCUGAGAUCAUGGCAGUCCUCACGGUAGUUCAGCAAGCGCUACAAACUGAUGAUGCGCUUCCGGCUAUACUACCCACGCCAUUGUUUGCCAAAGCUAUAGAAUUUGCUAGAGAACAUCUCCAGGAGGGAGUAGGCGGCAGCGGUGUGCACGGGAGAGAUGAUGUCGACGAUGAGGGUUUGAGGAGGUAUGUGGUGAUGUUGAACGCUUUUUUGCAGAUGCUUGCAGCGUUGGAUGAGCUGGUUCUGGUUAUCAAGAGAGUUGUAGGUGAGACGAGUAAUAUAGCUAUGCUCGAGGUUCGGGGAAAGUUAGAAGCUUAG